AGGAAUCCUCCGGUACCGAACAGUGUGACCAAGCGAGGUCAGACGUGCCUCAUGGCGCCCUCCAGGGCCUUGCUUCUCUGCCUCCUGCUGCAGACCAGCAGCGCUGCACAGCUGGAUGCGACUUUGCAGCGGAAGAAGGGUUCCGAGACUUAUCUCAUUAGGUCUGCCGAUCCGCCACCGAAGCUUGAGACCGUCAACGUGAACUACAGCAUGGCGCCGCCCCCAGUUGCAGUGGAUCAGACGGUGGCAGUGCCACCAGUGGCUGAUGGCAAUCCCUACAGCACUCCUGUCUGGCAGACGAGUGUAGCUCUCAGAAAUUGUCGAAGAUGUCUGUCUUGAACAUUGGAAUGCUUUUUGCGGAGUGAUUGGUUGAACACUGGUGAGAUGGAUUUGGACAGGAUUUGAAAAAUGCAACCCACAUGUUUUUGGAUGGCUUCCCAGAACCCUUUCUCGGUUUGAACCGGAAUUUAUUGAAACCAUUGCCGUCAUUCAGGCAACAAGACGAGCUGAGAGUGGACUGUAGAAUCCUAUGCAGUAUUAUGAACAGCAUCGGCAUUGCGCUGGUGCGAAGCACUUGUGUGACGUGAUAAGGGAGCAAGAGAUACUGGGAGCGAG